ACUACAAUCAUUUGUAAUUCACGCGAAACAGGUUUUCAAGAUUUUACCACUGUCAUAACAAAACAGAUACCCAAACCUGAAUUAUUGCCAUAGGUUCUGAUGGUUCUUGUACAUUUUAUUGUUAGUAUUGAUUAGAAGACCGAAAACGUGUUUUUAGUGUUGACUAUCAUCCAAAAGUGAGUUUUUUUGAAUGUGAUAAAAGCAAAAAUAUUCUACAAAACCGCCUUGAUAUUUACGAAUCCAGCAGUGCAUGUUGUAAGUCGACUUUUAUAUCGAAAAAAACAAAUUUCAAAAGAAUGAAUAAUCGCUAAAAAUAUUUCCUAUAAACACACGUAAAGGUCACCACAGCCACAAUUGUGAAAUUUCAGGAAUCCACGAUGAAAUAUCUCCUCUUGUCGCUCCUCUUGGUCCAAGCAAGGACUCAAUUCAUCUCCCCAUGUCCCAGACUGUUCCAAUACGAACCCCAAGGAUCGGAAAACGACCGAUGGUACGGCACGGUCACACUUCUAAGCGAAUCUGAAUUAUCAGGAGUUUGGUUACGAUUAAUUUUCGAUAAACCAUCAAUCCAACUUGGAAAUUGGUUUGGGGAAGUCGUAACAACAGACAACAAAGAGUAUUUAAUUAAAAAUCGUAACCACAAACUACUCGCAAACACACCGUACAAACUCAGAUUUUAUCUCAAAUACAAUCCGGGGGAAAACCCACCAAAAUUGGUAAUGUUCCGACUAAAUGCGAGGGUAGUUUGCCCCGAAAAUGGGGCCACUACCGAAGCGGCGGUCACAACAGGACAACUCAUUACUAGUAGUUUAAUUUCAACGACACGAAAUCCUUUAGUAAAUAACAACAACCAAGGAAGUACCACUUUUGUCAAACCUGGAGGGGCUUUUAACCACCAAAUGAAUUCGGGAGACGACGAUGAUUUUUUUCACGGAGACUUCGCUAUUUUUCAUAGACCCAAUAAGCCAUCGGUCGACCUGGGGGCUGCUUGUGGGACUGUAGUCAUGCCCCCGCGUCCGCUCAUAACCCACGGCCAGGCCACCCACGAGGGGGAAUUCCCGUGGCAUGCGGCCCUCUACCACGCCAGUGGCAUCGACUUGACAUACAUCUGUGGCGCCUCGCUUAUCAGCCGUUAUCACCUUUUGACCGUCGCCCACUGUGUUACCAAACCCAAAUCCCAGGAAAUCCUCGAUCCCGGCAGUUUAGUUGUAUACUUGGGCAAAUAUUACUUGAAACGAUGGUCAAAUCCCGGAAUUCAAGACAAACAUGUCGACAAAAUCACAGUUCAUCCCGACUACAAAUCGCAAGUUUUCACAAACGACAUUGCCAUCCUCCGGAUGUCGUCUCCGGUCGAACUCACGAAUUACGUCCGACCUGUGUGUCUCUGGGACGAAAACACGCAAUUACAAGCCGUGGUUAACAAAGCCGGAACUGUCGUAGGGUGGGGUUUUGAUGAAAACGGCCGAGUCACUGAACAACUCACCAAAGCCAAAAUGCCGGUGGUGUCACAAGAAACGUGCAUUUACUCAUUCCCUGAUUUCUACUCUCGAUUUACUUCCGAUAAAACCUACUGUGCCGGCUUUAAAAACGUUGGUUUUGAAGGUACUUCAGUGUGCAAUGGGGACUCGGGGGGCGGCAUGGUCUUCCCCAAAUCGAACUCGAACACAAACAACCCCGUGUGGCAGCUGAGGGGCCUCGUCUCGAUCAGCGUGGCCUUGCAAAACCAACUCAAGUGUGAUGCCUCUCAUUAUGUUGUUUUCACAGACGUUGCCAAGUAUUUAGACUGGAUCAAAGCCUCACUUAAUUAAAAAUUGUCAACUUUGCAUUCUUUUAUUUAAUUAAAAUAACACAAUUAUAGUUUAGUGUGCUCCCCGGACGGUUCGUUUCUACAAAUCACCGAAAUUCGCCUGUCUUUAACCACUUUAUCCCCCUUGAAAACGCUACAAUUGUUGGACAAAAUCUCGUGGGUGUAAUCGAAUCUAGCUGUGCCCCUCAUAACAUAAAGAGACCGUUUUUUUAACAUAAUAUUUGCGUAAAUAGUCUUGUUUUUAUCGAGCACUAGUCUCAUAACACUAUCACUUAACAAACUCAAACCAGCGAUUGUAUCCCCACAAAACUGUAAUCAAAUUACAAUUUUUUUCUUA